AUGGCUACAUACACGUCGCUCUGCACAAUACUAUUUAACGCUACGCAGGACGACUCAGAAGAAGUGCCUGACACGAUGGUGGCGGCGACGAGAUCACAAACCAAGGAUGCGCCUGGGGCCGCGCAGACAGCUUCAUCAUCUCUCCUGGUUAAUCCUACCGUCCAAGAGAACUGGCCUGCGAAUCCGACGACGCCGGCAGAGUUCAAUACAUGGAUGGCUGAAACCAAGGCCGCGUUAGAAAAAUGGUUGAGAGAAGCUGAGGCCGCGGCCAAAGACCCGGCGAUCGAGGAAACCAUCAACAACUACAACAAAGAAGCGCGGGAGAGAUGGCUACCAUUCGAACGACAAACGGACGUAGAAACGGGCAUCAUCCAUGAUGCAGCGCAGCAAGCGGCGAUGAAAAGAGCCGUGUUGCGCGAAAGGAGAACGCGCGAGAACAUACACGACGAGCACAGGACAUGGAGAAAAUUCGUCGAGUACCGAUACGCGCAAUCUGCCUGGGAAGACUUUCUAUACUACCAGAAUGUGUGGAAUAGAAAAGGACACGAUCCCUGGAAGAUAUAUAGCGUAACGGCUGCCGAGGCAAGAUACCAAGAAGCACUGGGGUCACUCAGCGCGAAAGCGAGACAGGACGUGGAAGAUCUAGACUCCAACGAGGAUACAGCAGCAAAAGCUCCAAAUCACCUCCAGGCUAAAGAUCGACAGGCCCAGAAGCCCGGUACGAACAAUCAGAACAAGCUCGACCGAACGAAGAUCAACGCCUACACCGACGCCUUCCACGACCCUUACAUGGUAUGGCUAAAACACAUGAUCGACCUGUAUAAAAGUGCGUGUCUCGGCUAUCGAAAGCGCAUUCCCGGUGUUGUGGCUCCUGAGAAUGCGCAUCGGUAUAGCCAGCCGCCUCGUGGUACUACACCGCGAAAUAGGGCUGAAGAUGAAGAGGGGUCUCGGACGAAGGCGCAGAGAAGCCGGGAUAUGCGGCUUGAAAGGAGGGGUAGGAUGGAGUCGAUUACAUGGAGUAUUGACGAAAAGGCCUAUGAGAAAUUAAGAGCCGAGAAGGAGAAGGAGUUCAGCAAGAACCCACUCACCAUAAACCUCCUGCCCGACGGUCACCAAACCCACCACGGCAGUCUAGAAACAAGUUUCAACUGGCCCACAUCCUUCGACACCCCCGUCUCCACCAUCCUUACAACCACAAAAACGCGACACCACGUCUACGACCCCCUCAGCGACCCCUCCCCCUCCCCGUCCUCCCCCAAAAGCCGAAAAAGUUUUCUGGGCUACAAGAAAGACGACAAGGGAGAGCGUAUCAAGAAAAUCGACAAAAGACCACACUACCAGCGCGAAAUUCACAUGCGCGAAGGCCUCGUCUUCCAACACCAAAUGCGCGCCGAUGGAACGGUAGAAGGGCGAGAUCGCAACGGUGAAUGGAUUGGAGAUUGGGUACCGGGCCAGAUAGCUUCCCCCGUUUGGGUGUAUGACGGGGACGGUGAACGUAUUCCCUUGCCGCCGCGGUAUGAAUCGAGGAACAGGUUCUCUACUUUCCUGGUCAAGGAAUCGCAUGUCAGGGAGACAAGGCGUCAGCGACAUGAAGGGGCAGGACGGGAGUAUGAGGUAUCGGAUGAUGAAAACGAGGCAUGUGUGAACUCGAAUGCCAACUUCUCGAGAUCGGGGAAUGUGAAUCCGGAGUUGUUGGGUAAUCCUUGGGCGGACAACCUCGACAGCGACGACGAAGGCGAAGGGGUUGGUCACCCUGGUGACAGCGAUGAUGAGGAUAGUGACGAUGACGGCGAUUUGUUUGCGCAGUCGUAUAGAGAGUGCUCGGAGAGUGCUGCAACGAGACAAGCGCGGUUGUUGUUGGAGGAUAUGCGAGAGAGGUUUGGUGUGCUUGAGAGCUGGACUGUGAAAACUACAUCCGCAACCCUUUGUCGCAUUCUAAGCGCCUUACUUCAACACGAAGCGUCCGCCAAAGCUCUUCGCAUAGCCAUCAUGAAUGACAUCAUCCUACCAGAUGCGGCGUCUCCAGAGCAAAGCCGCCCCCAGGACACGUUCACACCCACUCAAGGUGUUCCCGAUGAAGCUGCGAGCACUCCAAUGAGCAUUGAAGAUGCGAUGGCCACAGAAGAAAGCCGCCUCCAGGACGCAUCUACACCCACUCAAGAUAAUCCUGAUGAAGCGGCGCGCACUCCUCGCAACAUCGAAGAUGCUGCGUCCCCAGAAGAAAGCCGACCCCAAGACGCAGCCGUACUCACCCAAGAUAUUCCCGAUGAGGUAGUGUGCACUCCAUUGAACAUUGAAGAUGCGGCCGCCCCAGAAGAAAGCCGUCCCCUGGACGCACCCGCACCAACCCAAGACAUUCCCGAUGAAGUAGCGCGCACUCCCUGGAGCGUCGACGAGCGCCUUUUCAUCCAGCUACAAGCCGGAUUUGCACUCACCGCCGCCUUCCUGCCCAUCUGUACAGUACUCCCGCCGACAGGCCAGAGCGGCUACUACGUCUUUCGCCGCUUCUUCAAUGACGCCCAGCAAGGUACCGCCGAGGCCGCUUCCGACGAGAACCCUACCACGACCUUGAGAACCCAAGAAGAAUACCUACUCAAACGGCAGGAGUUGGUACACAAGACACUGUCAAUAACGGAUGACUUGGUGCGGAAGGCGAUGAAGUCCGGAGAGUUCAUGAGGGGUAAGAUGUGGAUAAUCGAACAGGAAGUCUUCGACAAGUACCGAGAGAUCCGCGAAGACUAUGGCAUCGAUUUGCCAAUCGAUGACCCGAGGCACUCCGAGGAGAUGCGCGAGUUCCUGUACCGGAUUGUUUGCGCAAGGUUCCCCAAGUCGUUGGGACAUAGUCCCACCAGCUCAGAUGCGGACGAGAAUGGCACCGCUAUGGCCUAUACUGACGACGACAUGUAUGAAGGCUCAACCCAAAGCUCUCCGCCUGAAGACGAGUUUGAGAAUACCGAGAGCGCUUCGCCGGCGGAGGAAGACGCGCCAGCCACGGAGGAGACUACACGACAGACACGUACUAGGGCCAGGAAGUCCACCGCCGCCCUCGACGACGACAACGCAUUCCCACCGGUCCGUCAGUCCGGUCGGAAAGUCCGUGUAACCGGCAAAGCGGAAACGGCGCAGACAGGUACGAAACGCACCAGGCGAAACACAAUUGUGGGAGAGGAGAGCGAAGAUGAGGAUGAGGAUGGAGAAGAAGACAUCGCGGAAGAUGAAGAAGAAGAAAAGGGUGGAGCGUCACCGAAGAAGCGCGCCAAGAAGGCCGUCCGGAAGACCGCCCAGAAGACCGCAAAGCCGAAGACCAAGAAGGGUCAUGGUCCGAAUCGGAAGCUGAACGAUGCCUGGUCGCAAGCAGAGCGCGAGGUCAUCAUAGCACUCUUCAACAAGAUCAUAGCCGAGAAGGGCCUUAUUCACUGGGCGGAACAUAUCAGUGCCCUCUUCUACGAGGCCACCGACGCGGUGAACGCGCAUAGGGCCCUGGAUAAAGCCACAUAUCCUGGUGAUCCUCGCGGCAUGGAUGGUGUGCGCACUCAGGUUCACAAGAAGGCUGCUUAUAAGCGCAUUAAAGCGCAAGCUGACGCGCUGAGGACUAGGAAGGCCGAUCCAAAGAAGACGGUGACAGAGGCGGAGCUCAAGCCUCGAGAUGUGUUCAAGGCGACGGAUCUCGAGCCCGAUAGCGGCAAGAAAUGA